CGGAAACGUGACAUGUUCUUCCGGAAACUACCCGUUGUGGAAGCAGAGGAGCUGGCAGUAAACGCAGGAGUCUGUGAGAAUGACAUAAGGAUGGGACGGGGUGUCGUCGAUUGUGGCUUCGGCCCUGCAGGCUGAUUUCCCCCGCCGCACUGCCCUGUCAGGAUGCACAUUGCCUCGGUGGGCGUCAGUAAGGUCUGCUUUUUGUUUUCCCUUUCACUUUGUGGUCUUCUGCUGCUGCUCAUCCCAGCCCUUCAGCCCAAGGCUCACCAAGUGGACCUGCCACAGCCGCGUCCUCAGGUUAAGACCUCACCUAACACUUUACAGAACAGCACAGGGAGACCUGCUCGGGGUGCAAGUUUGACCACAGUGUUGAAUACAAACACAGAAAAGCUGGGCGCCGCCAUCAAGGCUGAAAAUGGAAAUGACUACAGGGAGACAUACUCUGAAGAAAACUCCAAUACAGUUUCCAUCCCUGAAGGACAAGACAGUAUUUUCCCAGGUUUUACAUCACAUGACCUGUUGGAAUUAAAGGACAUUUUUAUUGCUGUGAAGACUACCAGGAAGUACCAUAAGUCCAGACUGGAGCUGCUUAUUCAAACCUGGAUAUCACAGGCUAAAGAACAGACCUACAUAUUCACAGACGGUGAUGACAAAGAGCUGCGGAUAAGAACAGGCGCAAACAUCAUCAAUACUAACUGCUCAGCGGCUCACACUCGACAAGCUUUGUGCUGCAAGAUGUCUGUUGAGUAUGACAAAUUCAUUGAGUCUAAGAAAAAGUGGUUCUGCCAUGUGGAUGAUGACAACUAUGUGAUCCUACCCAGCCUUUUGCGGCUACUCUCUUCUUACCAUCACAGCCAGGAUGUUUACCUCGGUCGCCCCAGUCUCGAUCACCCCAUAGAAGCUGCAGAGAGAGUGAAGACUGAUGGUUUGAUGUCCGUCAAGUUUUGGUUUGCAACAGGUGGCGCAGGUUUCUGUAUCAGCCGAGGUCUGGGUCUCAAAAUGAGCCCAUGGGCCAGUUUGGGGAAUUUCAUCAGUACAGCAGAGAAGAUCCGCCUCCCAGACGAUUGCACCAUCGGCUACAUUAUUGAAGCUUUGCUAGAGGUCACUUUAAUACACACGCACCUCUUCCACUCACACCUGGAGAAUCUCCAAAAGCUUCCCACAAACAAUGUUUUGGAGCAGGUGACACUCAGCUAUGGAGGCUAUGAGAACAGACGAAAUGUGGUCAGCAUUGUUGCAGGCUUUUCGUUGGUUGAAGACCCAACAAGGUUUAAAACGGUUCACUGCCUUCUUUAUCCUGAGACUGACUGGUGUCCAAAGCUCAAACGUCGACUGAAAAACUGAAGUCCAUCUUUCAUCCAGUUGCUUUUAUAACCUGCAAAGUCACCAUGCGUUGCUUGAAUCGAGCUAACUUAUUCCCAAUUGACGCUUGCUUUCAAGUCCUACCUCAUGAGUGUUUGUCUCACCAAUUUGAACCAUAUUUGCGAUUCACCCUAUUUCACCUUCCUUUUUUGCUUUGGCCUGUCUGCUUGUGCCAUUAUUUGUUCACAGUUGUAUAUUUGCAAUUCUCCUGAAACAUCUAGUCUUAGUCCUUCCAUUGUGCAAGAUGGCUGUCAUUUAUGCAUGAAGCAAUCAAAUUAAUUAAAUGAAGCCUCUGUAUUAUUAUAUGUGUGAAUGUACUUGCGAGUGUGCUGAAGGUUUUGACUUUUCUGAAUUUGAUAAGUGAGUAUGUGUGUCUUGGGUAUGAUUUUAUGCGUUAUAAUAUAUAUAUAUUGGCUUUUAAUUUUUUUUAUAAAAGUUGACGGUUGUCAUAGCUGGCGGUACAGUCAUGACUACAGCUAUGGUGCAACUUGCGCAUGUGUUCGUGUUGCAUUGUUACCAAACAAAUAUGUAGUGUUUUUUUGCACUAUUUUGUCUUUUCUUACAUCUGUAUUGUUCACCCUAGUGUGUGUAAACGUGUCUUGAUUGAGCAAGAGGGUAGUCCUGGCUCAUAAUAAAGGGUCAUAAUUUGUAGAGGUACCGUUCAGUAGUACAAAGUGAAAAUGGGUGAAGGCGAGCCAAAUAUUUUCUCUACUAUUUUGUUACUGAAUAAUAAUUAUUAACUUCUUGACUUGGGUGCCGUAUUUUUACAGAUUGUUAUGGUUUUCAAAUAAUUAUCAUCAUAACAUUGACACUUGCCAACUAUCUGUUUUAUAGAUUUAAGAUUGUAAUUUGUCGCUUUUACUCUAUUACCAAAGUUCUCAGUGAAUAUUGUAUUAAUUGUAAAAUUGCUAAAUGUAUCCACCAUUAUUGGUGUGUUUUUUAAACUCUAAGCCAAAGUUUAGUGUAAUGGUUGUUAGAAAUCCCUACUGACCGUGUUGUAGAAUGGAACACUAUUUCAUCAAACAUUUAAUCUUCUCUACUAAUCAGUUUUAUCAGUUUUCUGGAAAAUUUGGCUGUGCCCACCCAUUUUUUCUGUGUUGCACAGAACCCCAAAUCCAAAUGAUAUAUCACUGCAGGUCAGUGUUUGGGACUGCAUGUCUACACCCUUUCUCAAUUGUUUGCCGUGUGUUUUAGUAAAAAAUAAAAUAAAUAAUGCCUGUGUAA